UUAAGAGAGUACUUUAACUCGACCCCUUACCACCUAUUACAACUAGUUGUCGGGUUACAGAGGCCGACUCUAACUCGGCCCCUUACCACCUAUUAUAAUUCUAAAUCCAACCAUAACUAAAUAGGACUAGUACAUAUAACACCUAUUCUCACACGAGCUCUAUAAAUUGGAAAGGUGUGUAACCUGUUUUUGUGUACGCUUAAUUAUUCUCAGGUUCAUUGGCACGUGAGCACCAGGUGUUCGACCAUGGUAGGGCAGCAGCAGGUGGUCGACGCCGCGGCGGCGGCGGCUGCGGCGACGACGAGGGUGCCAGUGCCGCCGCCGAAGCCGCUGCUGAGGACGAUCGGGGGCAACCUGAUGGAGACGUUCUUCCCCGACGACCCGUUCCGGGCGGUGGCGCGGGAGAGCGGCGGGCGGCGCGCCCUCGCCGCGCUCCGGUACGUGUUCCCGUUCCUGGAGUGGCUGCCGUCGUACUCGCUCGCCGCGCUCUGGUCCGACGUCGUCGCCGGCGUCACCAUCGCCAGCCUCGCCGUGCCGCAGGGCAUCAGCUACGCCAAGCUCGGCGACCUCCCUCCCAUCAUGGGCCUAUACUCGAGCUUCGUGCCGCCGCUGGUGUACGCGGUGAUGGGGAGCUCGAGGGAGCUGGCGGUGGGGACGACGGCGGUGGCGUCGCUGCUGUUCGCGGCGACGCUGGGGAAGGAGGCGCCGCCGGGGGAGAAGCCGGAGCUGUACGCGGCGCUGGCGUUCACGGCGACGUUCUUCGCCGGGGUGCUCCAGGCGGGGCUCGGCGUGCUCCGGCUGGGCUUCCUCGUGGACCUCCUGUCGCACGCCGCCAUCGUCGGCUUCAUGGCCGGCGCGGCGACCAUCGUGUGCUUGCAGCAGCUCAAGGGGAUGCUCGGCCUCGCCCACUUCACCACCUCCACCGACGUCGUCGCCGUCGUCCGCUCCGUCGUCACGCAGUCGCACCAGUGGCGAUGGCAGAGCAUCGUGGUCGGGUGCUGCUUCCUGAUCUUCCUCCUCUUCGCUCGCUACAUCAGCAAGAGGAAGCCUAAGUGGUUCUUGCUAUCAGCGAUGGCGCCGUUGGCGUCGGUCAUCGCCGGAAGCGUUCUGGUCUACCUCAUCCACGGCGACCGCCAUGGCAUCCCGGUGAUUGGGUACCUGAAGAAGGGGAUAAACCCGCCGUCGGCGCGCGAUCUCCUCCUGUCGUCGCCGCACACGAUGGUCGCUCUCAGGACCGGGAUCAUCACCGGCAUCAUCGGCCUCGCCGAGGGAAUCGCGAUCGGGAGGAGCUUCGCAAUGCUGAAGAGCUACAAUGUCGACGGGAACAAGGAGAUGAUCGCCUUCGGGGCGAUGAACAUCGUCGGCUCCUGCACCUCCUGCUACCUCACAGCUGGCCCGUUCUCGAGGGCGGCGGUGAACCACAACGCCGGGUGCAAGACGCCGAUGUCGAACGCGGUGAUGGCGGUGGCCGUGAUGCUGACGCUGCAGUUCCUGACGCCGCUCUUCCACUACACCCCGCUGGUGGUGCUCUCGGCGAUCAUCAUCUCGGCGAUGAUCGGCAUCAUCGACUACAAGGCCGCCGUCCGGCUGUGGAAGGUUGACAAGAUCGACUUCUGCGUCUGCGUCGGCACCUACCUCGGCGUCGUCUUCGGCGACAUCCAGAUCGGACUCGCCAUUGCAGUUGGGAUAUCGAUUCUCCGGAUCCUAUUGUUCAUCGCACGGCCGAAGACGACAGUCCUCGGGAAGAUGCCAAACUCGACGAACUUCAGGAGGAUGGACCAGUACACCGUGGCGAAGGCCGUGCCGGGAUUGCUCGUGCUUCGCAUCGACUCACCUAUCUACUUCGCCAAUUCAGGCUACCUGCGAGAGAGGAUCAUGCGGUGGAUCGACCACGAGGAGGACCGGAUCAAGGCCGAGGGUCUGGAGAGCUUGAAGUGUGUAGUCUUGGACAUGGGUGCCGUUGCCAGCAUCGACACGAGCGGCACGAAGAUGUUGGAAGAUCUCAAGAAGAACCUAGACAGGAGUAGCAUUCAGAUUGCGCUGGCGAACCCGGGGAGUGAAAUCAUGAGGAAAUUGGACAAAUCAAAUGUUCUCGGGCUCAUCGGAGAGGAGUGGAUCUUCCUGACAGUGAGCGAGGCAUGCUACUAUGCGCAGCAAAACUGCAAGAUAGGAGUAGGAAUGGGUGUAGUACAAUGUGUAGUAGAUCCUGAACACAUGGUCUGAAACUCUGUAAUAGAAUGUGCAGUACACCAGUAUCUCCUGAAAAAAAUAUGGUCUGAAACUCUGAAAUGAAGUAGAAUGUUCAGUAGAUU